GGCCGAGCUGCCCGGGACACCGCCGUCGCUGCUACCGCCGCCAUCCCCGCCGGGCCGAAGGAAGCGAGCCGGGCCGGAGCUGGCGGGCGCGCGGCCCCGGGGGCCGCGAUGGACCACAAGCCCCUGUUGCAGGAGCGCCCGCCCGCCUACAACCUGGAGGCAGGCCAGGGCGACUACGCGUGCGGCCCGCACGGCUACGGGGCCAUCCCCACCGCGCCCCCGCCGCCGCCCUACCCCUACCUCGUCACAGGGAUCCCCACCAGCCACCCCCGGGUCUAUAACAUCCACAGUCGAGCGGUCACCCGGUAUCCUGCCAACUCCAUCGUCGUGGUCGGAGGCUGCCCGGUCUGCAGGGUUGGUGUCCUGGAAUACUGCUUCACCUGCCUGGGCAUCUUCUUGGCCAUCGUCCUGUUUCCUUUCGGGUUCCUCUGCUGCUUCGCGCUGAGGAAGCGAAGGUGCCCCAACUGUGGAGCGGUCUUCACCUAAAGGGAACCACACACCCAGUUUUCCUACGUCAGCUCUUUUCUAAUGUAAAUGUCGUGUACAAUAGUUUUAUUUGAUUAAGCUUCAGGACUGUUUUGUAAAGUGCGUGCUCUGCCUGCGGUGGGAUGGACUGGCUUAGGGCUGCAGAGGGGGAAGGCAGCGACCUGCUCCCAAGGCCAAGGAUAACGCGCUGCUUCUAUUUUUUGCAGUCUUCAAUUUGAGAAUGGUGAGAAAUACUGUUUUAAAUAAAUGAGAUUCAUACCAUUGUGUA